AUGGCAUCACAGACUCAAGGUAUACAACAGCUGCUGGCUGCAGAGAAACGUGCCGCUGAGAAGAUCAACGAGGCCCGUAAACGUAAAGCCCAACGUUUGAAGCAGGCGAAACAGGAGGCCCAAGCAGAAAUCGAGAAGUAUCGACAAGAGCGGGACAAGCAGUUUAAAGAGUACGAGCAAAAGUAUCUGGGCACAAAAGAGGACAUAGAAGCAAAGAUUAAACAGGAAACUAAGGAUACAAUCCGUGAAAUGCAACGAUCUGUUGCACAAAACAAGCAACAGGUUAUUGUGCGCUUACUUCAACUAGUUUGCGAUAUUCGGCCACAGCUACAUCACAAUCUUUUGCUUCAGCAGAAGUUACGUGGUUCACAUCUUUGA